ACCGUUCGAGUCGUUAUGUUUAACGGCCAGUCCAAUCUUUGAUUCAAGCUCAGAUCUCGAGCUCCCUCCAACGGUGACGAACAUGGCGUCCCUACCAUACGCUGAUGUGGACUCCAGCCUGAGAGCACUGGCGGCGCGGGCCGAGGGGUUCGGGAGGUCAUCGGUCGGAGGCCUCCACGGACCGGUCUAUUGCGUCACCACUCUCGCAGAUGAUGGUCCGGGAUCCCUUCGUGAAGGAUGCCGGAGAAAAGAGCCACUCUGGAUUGUUUUUGAAGUUUCGGGUGUGAUUUGUCUUUCUUCUUACUUGAGUGUAUCGUCUUAUAAGACAAUUGACGGCCGGGGCCAAAGGAUAAAGCUCAUGGGCAAGGGCUUAAGGCUGAAGGAAUGUGAACACAUAAUUAUAUGCAACCUUGAGUUUGAAGGUGGUAGAGGGCAUGAUGUUGAUGGUAUUCAAAUAAAGCCAAAUUCAAGGCACAUAUGGAUUGACCGGUGCAGUCUUCGUGAUUAUGAUGAUGGACUUAUCGAUAUUACCAGACAAAGCACUGAUAUAACUAUUUCAAGAUGUUACUUUACGAAACAUGACAAGACAAUGCUUAUUGGGGCAGACCCCUCUCACAUUGGUGAUAGAUGCAUUCGGGUGACAAUUCAUCAUUGUUUUUUUGAUGGGACACGGCAAAGGCACCCUCGUGUUAGAUUUGGAAAAGUUCAUCUAUACAACAAUUACACCAGAAACUGGGGCAUAUAUGCUGUUUGUGCCAGUGUAGAAUCACAGAUAUACUCUGAAAGCAACAUAUACGAAGCAGGACAGAAGAAAAAGACUUUUGAAUAUUAUACAGAGAAGGCAGCAGAUCUGGAGGAGGCAAAGACUGGCUUUAUAAGAUCGGAGGGAGACCUGUUUCUGAAUGGAGCUCAAGCUGGCUUAUUAACAGGGGUCGGGGAAGAAUGUGUGUUCCAUCCAAGUAAAUUUUACCCAACAUGGACAACGGAAGCACCAUCAGAUUCUCUUAAAAAUGUUCUCCAAAUAUGUGCAGGUGGUGGAGGUGGGAACUGGUCCAGGUCUGCUGGGAAACAACCUGGAAAGAAUUGAAAAGGAAGGAUUUCGUUUAGUAAUGGCAGUUUUCUCUAAAUUCAUGAAUAUGCCGCAUCCUUGCCUUCCGUCAACCCCUCUUAUUCAGCCAUUGCCUCCUUACAGGGGCCAAUUCUGCCAUUAAGACAAAGUGACUGACUUGCUCCAACCCAGAUUUUCAGUCCCCUCCAGUGAAACCCAGGAAGUUUUUCGUGUCCUUUUCAUGAGACAGACAUAAUUCCUUGGUUUCGAGUCAAUCUGAAUACCAAAGAUAGCAGAGAGAAGCAUCUUAUUGUACACACCGUAGCUUUUAAAAUUACUGAUAAUCAAAAUUUAAUAAUAAUUUUAAAAACUGUCAUUCAUGUUCUGCUCACAGUGUGGGCACCUCAAUACAUACAAAAUGAGAAAUGUUUGUUUGAAAUGGAAAUGAUCUGUCUCCGUUAUACAUUGAGAGAUGAAUAGCUCACAUGAUGUGAGUGAAUUAUAAAGAUACUCAUGGGUGUUAAAUCUCA